AUGACCUUCGCCGCCCUGCUAGACGAAGACAAGUCUCCAAAGUCGAACGCACCCAGCGCGCCGAAGUCGAGUGUGUUGAAAUCGACCGUGCUGAAGCCGAACGUGUUGAAAUCGAGCGCACACAAUGGCGGCCACAAUAACGUGGAAGUUGCUCGGUCGGACGGUUUGGCAUGGUACCAGGCGUUGUUAAGUGAACUGUUGGCGGCUGGUGGCGAGAGUGCGGACCCGAUUCAGCAGUUGACGAUUGCGGGUGUGUUUUGCGCUGCCGUUCCGUCGAGUGUGGCGGACAAGCAAUUGUUGACAGAGUGGGUGGCGCCGUUGUUGGUGGUGGGUGCUCGGGUAUUGGAGGUGGCUAAGUCGUCAAGUCGUCUGUGUUUGUGUGCAACGGUAUUGCGCGGUGUGCUACGGCGAGUGACAUUGUUACGAGAAGAAGGUAGGUUGCGUAAGUUGUCGCUUGGUAGUGCGUUGGCGGUGUUGCACCGGUGUUUGGUUCCUUGUUUCAAGAGCACGGGAUCGCGCCGUGCACGGCAAUAUUUGGCUGCAUUGGCGGCGGAGAUGGUAUGGUUGUUAAAUGGGGUGAAGGAGGCGGGGAGCUUAUGGGAAGAGAUGCAGCGCAGCUGGGCCAAGGUAGCGCUGGGUCAGGGUCUCCCGACCGAUGUGGUGGUCCGCGCCUUCGUGCAAGUGCCUUUGGCGCAUUCUUCGGCCGCGGCUCUCGAGUUACUGGCCGGUCAGCCACCGGCGAUUAUUUCCGAAGGCUUAGGCAUGUUAACCGAGUUGGCUCAACGGCAAAGACACUUCGCAUGCUCCCAUAAGGACGUACUACUGCUCAUGGAGUCCACACCAAACGUUGAAGUCGCUCGCGCCGGUUGUCGAUGCGUGCUCGCAGUGAAACCCAACUCGUCCAGCUCCACAAUGCGCAUUACUCGCACACCCACAAGCAAGUGGAGUCUCACAAGCAACAAGAUCAAACGCUGCCAGUAUUUACUAUUACACGACAUGCUACACGAGUGGAGCUCCAGUCCCGAAGUUGCAUUACUACUAACUGAAGUUGUUUUCAACCUCAUGGUACGACAGCUAAAAAAGAAGAAAGAAUUAAAUCGCGAAGGUCGAGCUGUAGUAAAUGCCGUGCUGCACAAACUCGUCAAACAGUUUUGCUUUGGUGAGGUGGACAUACGUUUCCGAGUCGCUGCCGCAGGGGUCGUAGUCAAAGUACUGGAUAACAUCUUUAUGAUUAAAAGACAAGAUCCCAAACUGGCCGAUCGACUGUUGGCACACAUUACAGCAGUACUCCCGCACUUGAUUCUAGACGAGGAGGUCCAGCUCAUUCGAAUGCCUUUGAGAUACGCACUACAGCGAGCGGCAAGACGAAGAUUAGACAAUGAAGGCCAAACGGGCGUGUCGCGCGAAGACCCCACACUCCCCGUCACUACCAACCACUUUGUUGUCUUGGUAAACAUGACCGAUGUCUCACUAAGGACUGUUGUGGCCGGACUCUGCGGCGUAGUCAACUCUGCCGAAGUCAACCACCUUGGCUCCGUGCAGGUACCAAACGUGUGCGCCGCACUCCCCACUUCUGACUCGCCUUUCGAAGACGAACUCCAAAAUUGCGGACACAGUGACGGACUUUUCCUCAACCUGCUCAUGCAGCUUACACCCCCCAUCAGCCGUAAAAUGUGCGCCUGGGAUGAUGAGGCACUGGUCAAAGCCACCGCCAUCAUUGCUGACGAUAUCAAAAACGUCAGCCGCACACUCACCUACGGCUUCCCCGAGUUCCGAGCAUUCAUGGAUCCCGCCAUCUACCCCAGUCUCGUCGCCGGCAAAUGCCUGGACCAACUCCUUGGCAUACCCGGCAGCGUCCACCGUAUAGAUUUUUAG